AUGUCCACCACCACCACAACCUCAACCACAACAACACCCCCAUCCUCAAUUCUCUCCGACUACGCCCUUCACCACAGCGGCUCUGAGUUCUCCUCCGACCAAACCCCACCGGCUGCACACACGAACCCCCCAACCUGGCCCACCAACCACCGCCGAGUCCCGCCCUAUCGCCCUGUCAACCGGCAGCAGGAUCGCAGCGAAAGACCGGCGGGAAGCAACCCGGCCGAGUUUGUGUUUAUACAGGCGAUGUUGCAUGGGGUGUGGUUAAAUGCUUCUGUUGCGAGGUUGUGGCGGUUUACGGGGGGCAGAGUCAAUGAUAAGGUGUUUCAUUAUGAGGUUGGAGGGGAGUGGUAA